GGAAGAAGAAGAAGACGCGUUUCGUGACGUAAGCACGGCUCUUACGUCGGACGUAACGCACGUUUGAGUCCAGGAGCGCUGUUUUAACUGCACUUAAAAGUUGGGGAUAUUCUUCAAGUUUUAAAUUGUCAGCCAUCUACGUUGCAGCAGUGAGCCAGAAUGUAUCGUCCUAAGCCGACACUGAAGGACCGACAGCACCUGUACAGGCUCAUCAUCAGCCAGCUGCUCCACGACGGCUACACCAACAUCGCCAACAACCUCAUCAAUGAGGUGAAGCCGCAGAGCGUCGUGUCGCCUUCCGAGCAGCUGAUGCAGCUGGCAAAGAUAGGGAUGGAGAACGACGACAGUGCCGUCCAGUAUGCCAUCGGCCGCUCGGACACAGUAGCGCCUGGUGUUGGCAUUGACCUGGAGUUUGACGCGGAUGUCCAGACCAUGUCCCCGGAGGCGUCGGAGUACGAGACCUGUUAUGUCACAUCCCACAAGGGUCCUUGUCGCGUGGCCACGUACAGCCGGGACGGCCAGCUGAUCGCCACAGGCUCGGCUGACGCCUCCAUCAAGAUUCUGGACACAGAGCGCAUGCUGGCUAAGAGUGCCAUGCCCAUCGAGGUGAUGAUGAAUGAGACGGCGCAGCAGAACAUGGAGAACCACCCCGUCAUCCGUACGCUUUAUGACCAUGUGGAUGAAGUCACCUGCCUGGCUUUCCAUCCGAGUGAACAGAUUCUAGCAUCUGGCUCCAGAGACUACACCCUGAAACUGUUUGACUACUCCAAGCCCUCCGCUAAAAGAGCUUUUAAAUAUAUACAGGAAGCGGAAAUGCUGCGUUCGAUCUCCUUCCACCCCUCCGGGGACUUCCUGCUGGUGGGAACGCAGCACCCUACGCUGCGCCUCUACGAUGUCAACACUUUCCAGUGCUUUGUUUCCUGCAACCCGCUGGACCAGCACACGGACACAAUCAGCGGCGUCAGCUACAACCCCACCGCCAACAGCUACGUCACCUGCAGCAAGGACGGCAGCAUCAAGCUGUGGGACGGCGUCUCCAACCGCUGCGUCGCCACCUUUGAGAAGGCGCACGACGGAGCAGAGGUGUGCUCUGCCAUCUUCUCCAAGAACUCCAAGUACAUCCUGUCCAGUGGGAAGGACUCCGUGGCCAAACUAUGGGAGAUCUCCACCGGUCGGACCCUGGUCAAGUACACGGGGGCGGGGCUCAGCGGUCGUCAGAUGCACCGCACGCAAGGCGUGUUCAACCACACGGAGGACUACGUUCUGCUGCCCGACGAGCGAACCAUCAGCCUCUGCUGCUGGGACUCCAGAACAGCGGAGAGGAAGAACCUGCUCUCCCUGGGCCACAACAACAUCGUCCGCUGCAUCGUCCAUUCGCCCACCAACCCGGGCUUCAUGACCUGCAGCGACGACUUCAGGGCCCGCUUCUGGUACCGCCGCGCCACCACAGACUGAGCCUCGGCGGGGUUGCUCUGAGCGGCCAUCUAUUUCACUUCGAGUUCAUUUGAAAAACGUGACGUGGCCUUUGUUGGAACAUUUCUAGAGAAAAGCGGCAGCAUUCGUAAUCGCUAAACCUCAAGAGUG